AGUUGCAGCUUCCUCUGUGGGAUACUUCCCCCAUCUUGACGUCAGCUGGAUGUGUGAUUUUUCCCCAGAAUCCCAGCCUCAAACUGACGCAUUCACAUACCAGCUCCUCAGCAGCAACUUGAGGCUCUCUAUAGAAACCCCGCCUACACAGAUCCACGCAUGAACACAAAUCACUAUGCUACCUGAGACUGUCCUCCAGCUGUGAUGCCUGCCUUCAGCCCUCCAGCCCCUCUCCUCUCUAUGCUGCUGUGUGUGUCUGUGGCUCUGCAGCCCUCUGACCUGCGCCUGGCUUAUGUGACCCAUAACAGCUUUUUCUACUACUCCUGCAGCCAAAACCCGCAGCCCUGCAGCGUCUCUUCACUUGCAGACUGCAAAUGCAAGGACAUCCAGCUUUCCACGCUGCACCGCCCCCAGUCGCACUCCUCCCCCAUUUUCCGGAUGAGACGUUUAACUGUUUGGUUCACGUCGCCAUUAAACACGGCACGUCUGCUCAACAACUCAGAGGUGAGGCACCUCACCCUGAUCCACUGUGGCCCCGGAGGGAUCAGAGGGACACCUUUUUCUUCCCUGGAGGGACAUUUCGCUGUGCAGCACCUGGAGAGGCUGACAGUGGUAAACCUGUCGCAGAGUUCAGAUCACCACCAUCCAAAUGCAAACAGGGCCAAGAACACAGACUCAAACGCUGACCCAGACAGAGAUAACGGUGCUCACUUUGACACAAAUAGAUGCAACAGGGAUAGAGACACAAACGUGGACGUGAUUCUGGACAUGAAGACAGAUCCCUUUGCUUUGUCCUCACCCCAAAUCCAAGACAUCUUCCUGGGCAGGGAGCUUGGAGCAGCCUACCACGAACAGGCUAGACUGGGAAUCAUCCACAGUUCCGCACUGGAGUGGGGAGCGGAGGUCAAAGCCUACACAGUCCAGACUCACAUAGACAAUGAUGGCGUGCUGCCCUUCCCUGACCUCCACCUGCCAAAAUUACCAGAGACAUCUGUCAUAUAUGUCAGCUUUGUGUACUGACACCAAGUUACUUUGAUACAGGAGGGAGGACCAGAAGGAAGAUGAUACAGUAUUCAUGACCUACAAACAAUCACUUUUGCACCACAGGGAUCCUAAAUUUUGGAUGAAAUGUAAUACUUUUUAGUAAUACUUUUUUUUGUUGCAGGCCUGCGCAUCACAUUUACAUUUUUGGUUUAAGAAUAUUCCUUUUAUCCUCUUAAAUUGGGAGAUAAAGUGGUCGUUACUUUACAGAUUAUGUUACACUUAAAGAAAGGCUCUUAAGUAAGGAAGACAAAACAAAUCUGUAAUUAAAGCCACUGAGUUAAGUGUUACUUCUGAAACUUUUCUAAGAGUGAACACAAAGAAGCACUGACACAAUGAAACCGCAGAGCAAACCACUGCAAAACAUCCCGGUAUUUUUUUUUUUAUGCAAAACUGCAGUAAUUUUCUAAAAGUCGACUAAGGGAAACGGUCCAGCUUUGAAUAGAAACUAACAAGAAAACUGAAUGUGUUCAGGAGAUUUUCCAUUUGUUUUAAGUAAAAGCACAUUUUGGCACACACGCACGCAAAACAAUAUUUUAUUUCCUUGUCCAGUAGCUUUAAUCAUCAUCAUUUUACCAAGUGGCUGAAAACUUCGCACAGCUGUUUAUCAGCAUGUUAGAACAAAAUAAGGCAACUAAUGAGAGACCCUCUGAGGGGCCAGAGGAACCUGCCAAUCCUGUCCAGCUGAAGUGGAACAAUCCCAGACUGCUUCUAACAGUCAAGAAUUUGAAUGACAGUUUAGUUUGGUUUUAAACAUGUUGGGAUUCAUUUAACUUUAACACUGUGUUUGAUGCCUCACAUUUCUCCUUAUGCUAAGAGACAGAAGGUUUUACUUGUAAGCUGAAAUGUCAACAGUAGAGGGAGGACAAGCUAAUUUGGACUUUUGUUGCAGCAUGAACUCCUCCCCGUUCUGCUUUGACAUUUCUACAGCUGACCCUGACCUAUGACCUCCGAUCCCCAUGUAAAAGCUAGCAGAGACUUCCCCCUCUGGGAUCAAGAAAUUAUAGAGUUAUUAGUGGUUGCAUCAGUGAUUGAAGUGGUAUUCCAAAGAUAUGUGUCUGGCAUGUUUGCUUCAAUAAUUAAACCACAAGAUGGCAGCAGAUACAUUUAAGUCAGACAGCAAAGAAGCCAGAAGCAAACCGAAGUGUUGAGGAAGGACUGAGCUGACUGACAUCAUGAGGGAAAAAAGGCUGUUUUUAUUUAAGUUAUUUACAACUGUUGAAGAAUCCAUUAAACCUUAAAUUUAACAAAUGUGCCAUGGCACAUCUCAGCACUUUAAAAGCUUGUGGGGAAUGUUAUUUGUUUGGGUAGAGGUACAUUGUUGAGAGUUGAAAAACUAUGACCUAAUAUUUAUUUGUUUAAAAAAUAAAAAUGAAACGGACAGCUUGUAUUUGUUUACAACAAAAACAAGAAAUAAAUAAUUUACUUAUCA